ACUAAAUUGGAUGAAUUGGGUUGAGUUUGGUGAACAAAUAGCUGUUCUGAUGUGUCCUUUUUUUUUUGUUUUGUUUUAGUGCCACAAUGGCAACUGCACCUUACAACUAUUCCUACAUCUUUAAGUACAUCAUUAUUGGGGACAUGGGUGUAGGAAAGUCCUGUUUGCUCCAUCAGUUUACAGAAAAGAAGUUUAUGGCAGACUGUCCCCACACAAUUGGUGUUGAAUUUGGCACAAGAAUAAUUGAAGUUAGUGGCCAAAAAAUUAAACUACAGAUUUGGGAUACAGCAGGACAAGAGAGAUUCAGGGCUGUCACACGAAGCUACUACAGAGGAGCAGCAGGAGCUCUCAUGGUCUACGACAUCACCAGAAGAAGUACGUAUAAUCACUUAAGCAGCUGGCUGACAGAUGCAAGGAACCUCACCAAUCCAAAUACUGUGAUAAUCCUCAUAGGAAAUAAAGCAGAUCUGGAAGCACAGAGGGAUGUUACAUAUGAAGAAGCCAAACAAUUUGCUGAAGAAAAUGGUUUAUUGUUCCUUGAAGCAAGUGCAAAAACUGGAGAGAACGUUGAGGAUGCGUUCCUGGAGGCUGCCAAGAAAAUCUACCAGAAUAUCCAAGACGGAAGCCUGGAUCUGAACGCCGCAGAGUCGGGUGUACAGCACAAACCGUCAGCUCCGCAGGGGGGGCGACUAACCAGCGAACCCCAGCCCCAGAGAGAAGGCUGCGGCUGCUAGUGACCUCUGUUUCAUGGCUCCAUUUCUGACCUUUCACCUCUGUCUGCUGGAAGCGGGGCUUUUGACUGCUUCCCUGUCUUCUGUACAUCUUACUGGGUUUAAUUAAAACUCUGAGACAAGUUUAACACAGUACUAAACUGCUAAACAACUUUAGAUGUAAUCAGGUUAUCAAAAGCAAGUAGAGUAAUAAAACCUCUCCUGCAUGGUAAAUCUAGAAGUUUUUUUUUUUUUUUCCUUGAUUGUCCUUGUGAUAGUGUCACCGAUACAUAAUUUAAACCGAGCACUGAUGCUGGACUCAUGAUUUUACACUUUCGCAGGGCUUUGUCUUGUACGGUUUAAUUUUACAGUUCUUUGGCCUUUCUUCCCCACCUCUUAACUGUUUCGAGCUGUCCGUAGUCAAGGAUAAGGUUGGGGUUUGUUUUUUUGCUGUGAAAUGAAUUCUGAUGGUAGCAAGGGGCUCUGUAACAAUGUGCUUUGUUGAAAGAAUUCCCUGUGGUGUGUGUUCGGGGGCCGGGGCGGGCUGGCGCAGGAGCGUACACCUCGCACAGGGAAUCAAUCCGUUCACUCGCGCGCUCGUAGCUUUAUGUCUUUUUUUUUUUUGCCACUUUUAUCCUUUUACACUUGUUAACAGAACGUAAAUAUGUAUAAAAUUUGAAGGAACUGAGCUAACGGUUAAAUACAUCCUGUGUAUAUGAUUUUAAUGAAGAAAAAUGAUUACUGGCAUUAGAACAGUAUAUAAGAAAAUACCAGUUUGUACAGUAUGACCUCUCCGUGCCCCCGCUGCCCCGGCAGAGCGCGAUGUGACCGCGGGUCGCUCGCGGAGGCUUAACUCGGCGUCGGCAGCGGCCGGGGCUCUGACCCCGCUGCAGAAGUUAACACUAGUGGAAUCUGUCUCUCAUCUUCGCCCUGUGGUGUUCGGCUGCUGUUUCAUUAACCCCGUUGUGUGCAAUCAGCAGCGUGCUAACCCGCUUUUUCUCUUCGGUAAGCGUUUUGCGUUAUUGGGCUUCGUCGCCUGCCUUGCCUCCUGUACGAAGGCUGGUUCUCUCGCACAUCUUACGCUUUUCUACCUUUAACUUUUUGAAUGGUCAGAGGCUGAACUGGACAGUCGAACAAUGUGUGUGCUUUCUAGGGAUUUUUAACUACUGUUGUAUUUUUUUUUUUAUCAGUCUGAGGGUUUAAGACUUGGGCUUUUUCAUCAGGCCUCUGCGUAUACCCUUGGGGUGACAGAGCCUGUCCGGGCAAGGGGAGGUUUUGUGUGGUGCCCGUGCACACGUGGGGUUGGCUGCAGUGUCCACAGCGGUGCAGGUGGCUCUGCGUGUGGUGCUGCUGCCUUCUUCAAGCAAGCUUCACUUGGAAAAUGUCAUGUGUGGCUUAAAAAGCAAAAGGGGUGAGUGCUUAACCAGGGUCCAGCUUUAGUCUUGCUGCAGUGUUUGAAAUACAAAGUAGUCCUAAAAUCCCUCUACUAGACACUAAACCUUAUACAAUGUUCAGACUUGUAAGUAAACAGUGGUACCAGAGUAUUGUACAGUCAAUGUUAAAUAAAAGCCAAAACUGGAAUGUGCAGACAAUAGGAUUUGGGUAACUUGUGCACUGUCCCUUUGUUUUGUCUGGUUAGUCUCUUUUUUAACUAAUACUCUGAAGUAGAUGAUGUUUGAGAUCUGCAGCUACUGCAUCCUGCUUAACCAAGGUUGCACCACAAAGGGUUUGCCCAGGGACCACGACCUGCUGCUGGCGUGAAGUCUGUGUUCUAACACCUACAGCUUGUUGCGGUGCAAUACCUGUACUCCCAGAGUAAGUUACAGUAGGUCUUAUUGUUUCUGUCACAGAAAGGAUUUGUUUGGACUGCUGUACUCCUCAUUUGAUGUAACAAUGCUAUUAAUCUAAAUAUUUGUAAAUAAAGUACCUGUAUCUAGAUAAA